AUGUCUUCUUACGUUGUCACUGGCGCCUCGCGAGGCAUUGGUUGGGCUUUCCUUGACCAACUCUCUUUGGAUGCAAACAACACUGUAAUUGCAAUCGUCCGCAAUAAACCCGCAACCGAACAAAAUGUCUUGGAGAAACUACCAGGACGUCCCAACAUCCAUAUUCUGGAGGCUGACAUCACAAACUACGAUGCCCUCCAAUCCGCGGCGGCCGACACCGCAAAGAUUACCGGAGGAAGCCUGGAUUACUUGAUUGCCAAUGCCGGUCUCAUCUCUCACCAUGAUGCGUUUGACCCUAUUGGAGUUCUAGGACAGAAUCCCCGCGCGUUAGAAGACAAUCUCCUUGAAUGUUUCCAAGUUAAUGUCGUUGGACAAAUCCACCUUUUCAACAUCUUCAUUCCGCUCAUCCUCAAGGGAAGCGCAAAGAAGGUGAUCGCGCUAUCAAGCGGCCAAGCUGAUCCCAAGUUGGUGUUGGACUUCAACAUCGAUGUGGCUCCUUCGUAUUCAAUUAGCAAGGCUGCGCUGAACUUCGCGAUUACCAAAUUCAGCGCCCAGUACGCCAAGGACGGGGUGCUGUUUAUGAGUAUUUCUCCUGGAUUGGUUGAUACGGGACAUUUCAAUGAGUUGAGUUCAGCCCAAUCAGAGUCCAUAUACAAGACGAUGGCCUCCUUUAAGACGUACGCACCCGAUUUCAAGGGCCCGAUAACACCAGAGGAGUCUGUGAAGGAUAUGAUGAAGGUCAUUGAGGGGGCUAGUCUUGAGAAUGGGGACGGGGGCGCUUUUGUCUCACACAAGGGCAAUCAACAAUGGCUUUAA